CAGCUCCGUCCACUUCAACCUCAUCCCAGCCCCAUUGUCAGCAACCAAAGACACCAUAAUACUAACUGUCCAUCACCUAGAAGCAGACGCGCAACCAUGUCUUCCGAAGCCGAGGGCACCUUUGAGGUAGACGGUGUGUCGCUUUACACCAAGACCUGGACGCCUACUGGCCCGACCAAAGCGAGGCUCAUCUUCAUCCACGGCUUCAGCGAGCACAUCAAUCGCUACAAUGACUUUUUCCCGACGCUCGCUGCGGCGGGCAUCCAAGUACUGGGCUUCGACCAGCGCGGCUGGGGCCGAUCAGCCAAAGACAAAUCCGACUGGGGUCUGACCGGGCCCACGGCUCGCGUCGUGGCGGAUGUGGCUGCCUUUAUCAAGCACAACACCACCGAGGAGGUGCCCGUCUUCGUCAUGGGUCAUAGCAUGGGCGGAGGCGAGAUUUGCACCCUUAUGGCCGACGAGAAGUACGCCGACGUGGUCAGGAGCGUGCGUGGCUGGAUCUUGGAAUGCCCCUUUAUUGGGUUCACUAAGACUGCCGAGCCCAGCACUAUCAAGAUUAUGCUGGGUCGCCUGGCAGGCAUGGUGCUCCCGCGUCAUCAGCUCACGCACGUGGUGCCCCCGGAGGAUCUCUCCCGCGACCAGGCCGUCGUGGAAUCGAUUCGCAACGACCCCCUCUGCCACAACACAGGUACGCUGGAAGGUCUGGCCUCCCUCUUGGACCGUACCGCGCUUCUGUCGUCGGGCACGGUCAAAGUGAGUAAGAACGUGAAGAGCAUCCUGUUGCAGCACGGCACGGGCGACUUGACAUGCAGUUUCGACGCGGCCAUGAAGUGGCUGGAGCAACAGACCGAGGUGGAGGACAAGGUGGCAAAGCCCUACGAGGGAGGCUAUCAUCAGUUGCACAGUGAUCUGUGCAAGGAGGAGUUUGGUCGGGAUCUCGUAGCGUGGAUCCUUGAGAGGAGUGAGGGCGGUGCUAGGGCAGUGGAGGCGAAGCUUUGAGGCGGCCAUGUAAUCUUGAAUAUUGAACGUUCUGUAAAUCCGAUUCUUGUGACCUGCUUGGUGGACGGAUAGCUCCGGCAAUCUCAGAGAUCCCAAGUGUCACCAAGCGCAUUCAAGCCCCAUUGUCCGCCCUCUUGCUAACAAGGCACAAAAAUGUCCACUACGCCUUUGGGCUAUCACCGA